UGUUACAUAGGCCCCAUACUCUCUUUUUAAAAAAGACACUUGUAGUACAAAAACAGUUUAAUAUCAACUACUCUCUUUAGCUCAAGUCAGGAGUCUGCAAAAGAACACUAUGAAUUCUCCAACUUGUUUGAUGAUGAACAUCUCCCAACCAGAACAAGAAAAACUCAUAGACAAACUCCAAAUUUUCAAGAUUCAAUGUAAAGAUAAACGUGGCUGCACCAUCCUUCGAAUCAUCGGCAAACUUUUCCCUGCAAGGAUUGUAAGUGCGGAGGCAGUAAACAAGUAUCUACUGGAGAAGAUUUAUCCAAAUUUAGAGCAGAGACAAUUCUCAAUUGUGUACGCACAUACAGGAGUUAACAGAAGUGAAAAUUUCCCCGGAAUAGCAGCUCUCCGAUCGAUCUGUGAUGCUAUGCCGGCGAACGUUAAAGAUCAUUUGAAAGCAGUUUAUUUCCUUCACCCAAGCCUACAGUCUCGACUCUUCCUUGCCCUUUUUGGCCGUCUCCUCUUCACCGGAGGGUAAUUAGUUUUUUCUAAGCCACUUAACUUUCAAAUAAGUACUCUCUUUUCAAUUUUAAAAGAUUAAUUAGUACUACUGUUAUAUUUACUUAACUGAUUUGAGAGCAGGACGGCCCAACCCUAAAGCAAGUGAGCCAAAUACUUAAGGGCUUCAAAAUUACUAGUAUUUUUCUAUAUAUAUAUAGUAGUAUAUUAUUUAUAUAAUUAUCUUUUAUUAUUGAUAAAUUUAUUUCUUUAUUGUCAUAUUAAUCUUUAAUAACUCGAUUUCUUCCUCUAAUUAAUAUAACUAAAAUAGUUUUCUGUCAAUCUUAUUUUAC